GAAAUAAGUGAGCUGAAACUUGGGGGUACGCGAGACUAAUCAGAUUCCUGAAAGGGAUAUAGUAGUCUGGAAAGGUUGAGAGCCACUGCUCUAAGGUCCUGAGGUUGUGAUUGCCAUGCUCAGGUAUUGAUGCUCAUGUGCACAGCUGUUUAAAAUGGCAGAAGGAGGUGGCAACGAAGAGGUAAUUCACUUGAACAGUUUCCGAAGCCACGGUGGAAAAGGCUGGAUAGACAGGAGAGAUGAAGGACUUAUCACCAUAUCGGACUCCUCAGAUGAAGAAUUGCCUUUGUUGCUAGACACACCAGUUCAGCAGCGGCAGGAGGAAGAUGACGACGAUGUAGUCAUCCUCGUGGAGGCCUCAAAACAGCAGAUUCUGCGUCCCAAUGUCAUCAGAUCCGCUGCUCAGUGGCCAGGAAUGAACCAGCUGGGAGAAGUAUCUAAAGAUGACGUUGUGGCACUGAAGAGCUUACAUCGGAAGGAGGAUGUUUGGCCUUGUGUGGUGUGCCAGAGACCCCAUUGUAACCGCAGAGGGGAGAGCAAUGCAGGGGCAGGCAGAGACAAGAAUGGAAACCAUGCCUCUCCACUGCCUGGACCCUCUGAACACUGUAGGCAUAGAGGUGAAAGAGGGGGUGAUUCAGAGCCUGGACCAAGUGUGGUUCAAGCAAUAAAGAGAAACCCAAGACCCACAGGUGAAAGGGAAAUAAUCAACCUGGAGGAACCUGGCUUCCUACCUAAAUGGGAGGAAAAGCUGGAAGUACAGAACCAGGAGGCUGAAGACUUGGAACAAGAGCUCAUACAAAACCUCAGAGGAGCAGCUGCUGCAGCAACAGCAGCAAGUGGACAGGCCACCAGAGACAACAGUCGUUUGGAUCAUCCUUAUUUCCAGCCUGUAGACAAUGAGCCACAUAUUGUAGCAAACUGCUGUGCUCCACAGCAAGGGCAGCCUGAAGCAGAGCUGGGCUCUUUGCUAAGGGCAUACCGGGAGGAGAACCCUGGGCCAGCCUUUCCCAGACCGGAGCCACAACAGGAUGGGAUUCCCGGCCCUGCUUCUCCUCAACCAGCUCAUCCACCUGAGGAAAUAAGAAGCCAGUGGGCAGCAAUAGACAAUGAACAGCCAGGCCCAGCUUUCCCUGCACAGGGAUCACAUGAGCCUGGCUCUGGUAACAUUCCAGAGCAAGGAGCUGCUGGACAGGAUAAAGACCUCACAGCACUACUCAUCAAAGAAACGGAAGCGAGAUUCCCAGAUGUGAAGAGAGAGUAUGUUGAGGAAUUAAUUCGCAUCAAGAACUGCUAUGACCUAAAUGUACUUUGUAAUUUUCUUCUGGAAAAUCCAGAUUAUCCAAAGAAGGAAGGCAGAGUGGUUUUAAAUCCCAAUAGCAGCCUGCUCGCCAGCCAAGAUGAGACAAAGGUGCCUAAAGUGGACUACUUUGACUUUUCCAAACUUGCCCCCCUUGAUCAACGGUGCUUCAUCCAAGCAGCUGACCUCCUUAUGGCUGACUUCAAAAUGCUGAGCAGUCAGGACAUCAAGUGGGCACUACAUGAACUCAAGGGACACUAUGCAAUCACACGAAAGGCCUUUUCUGAUGCCAUCAAAAAAUGGCAGGAGCUGUCUCCUGAAAACAGUGGAAAACGAAAACGAAGGAAAGAAAUGAACCAGUUUUCCUACAUUGAUUUCAAAUUUGAGCAAGGUGAUGUGAAAAUUGAGAAGCGGAUGUUCUUCUUGGAGAACAAGAGACGGCACUUCAGGUCUUAUGACAGACACUCGCUUCUCCCACCUGUGCAACUGGAGCAGGAGUUCUAUGAACAGAAAAUUAAAGAGAUGGCAGAGCAUGCAGACUUCCUUCUUGCCCUGCAGAUGAAUGAGGAGCAGUAUCAGAAGGAUGGUCAGAUGAUCGAGUGCCGUUGUUGCUAUGGGGAAUUUGCAUUUGAGGAACUGACGCAGUGUGCAGAUGGUCAUUUGUUCUGCAAGGAGUGCCUAAUCAAAUAUGCUCAGGAGGCAGUCUUUGGCUCUGGGAAGUCAGAGCUCAGCUGCAUGGAAGGGAGCUGCACAUGUUCGUUCCCGACCAGUGAGCUGGAGAAGGUACUCCCAGAGACCAUCCUGUGUAAAUACUAUGAGCGGAAAGCUGAGGAAGAAGUGGCUGCUGCCUGUGCAGAUGAGCUAGUCAGGUGUCCUUUCUGUAACUUCCCAGCACUCCUGGUAGCUGUUUCUUAG